AUGUCUGUAUGGACGAUGAAUCCGAAAUUACAAGCCAUAGAAGACCCGACUGAUUUUCCUCCUGAAGCAAAGUCCCUCCAACAGCUGGAUGCCGCUGUCCGUUGUUCUAUUUGCAGCGAGUUCUUCGAUGGGCCAGUCUCUCUUCAGUGUGGGCACUCUUUCUGCUCCCUGUGUAUACGCAAUACCAUGGCCACCACCUCCCAGUCUCAUUGCCCGACCUGCCGGGCACCAGCGAAGGAGAGUCACCUUCGUCCCAACUCACUACUGGAGGACAUUGUCUCGGCGUGGAAGCCCGCGCGCGCAUAUAUUGUCAAACUGGCAAAGCAAGACGACCAGCCUGCGCGGAAGAAACGGAGACUAGAUGAAUCAGACCCGCCAUCCUCAGCCGGUCCCUCACGGACGCCUAGCGCGAAUUCGACAACGGUAGAGCGUACUCAGCUCUCUUCUCUUCUGCCUAUGGACGCUCAUCGUUAUAAAGCAUCUGACUCUCUCGUUGCGUGCCCCUUAUGCAAGGCAGAGGUGCCCAUGGACAACAUCAACUACCAUAUCGACAGCGGCUGCGCAACUUCCCUCCAGUCUCCGAAGUCACAGAACUCUAAAGCGCAGUGGUCGAGUAUUAUGGGUCCCAAGUCGAAGGGAAAGGAAAAGGAAUCUGACGACAGGGUACCCAAGCUAGCAUAUGAUACCCUCACGCAGAAGCAGCUUCGGGAGAGGUUAGAGAGACUCGGGCUGUUGACAACCGGGGACCACUCAGUUUUGGUAGCUCGCCACCAGCAAUGGGCCAUGCUGUGGAACGCCAACUUGGAUAAAUCAACUGAACAUCGCGAGUCGAAGGAGAAACUUAGGCGAACGCUAAGGAAGUGGGAGUCAGAGAGACAUGCACCACGCAAGGAGAAGCCCGCCGUUGACUCAGGUCAUCUGAAAAAAUAUAGUUCUGAAUUCAAAAGGCUGACGGAAGCGGCGCGAGUAAACAAAGCGCCACUGGUCGGAACGGAGGAGGUUGUCGUGGUGGAUUCUGAGGAUUUAUGA